AGGCCGCGUUUCGCUGGCGGGGCGGGAGGUGGCGCGUGGGGCCGCUCAGGCUCCGGCGCGGGGAGCGGGGCCCGUCACCGGCUCCAGGCUACAAAAGAAGAGAAAGAAAUGAAAGGUUACUGGAGGAGCCGAGGAAGGGGGUUCUCGUCCCAGCCGCCUGUAGCGUUGCCUGGCUCCGAGGAGUGAAAACAGACUUAGAAGUGUGUGUCUGGGAACGGCGCCAGUCGCUGGUCACACGGGCUCGGUGUCUGAGCUCACGGGAACGGGCUCUGCAGCCUCGGAGCGGCCGGCGCUGGACGGCUCUCUCGUACCGAGUGGUGGAGGCAGCGUUUCCUCGCCCGAGUGGGCAGCGACCUCUGACAAAUGAAAAUGAGACCUGGAGAGGUCCUUAUAGACUGCUUAGAGUCAGUUGAAGAUACCAAAGGAAACAAUGGAGACAGAGGUAGACUGCUUGUGACAAAUUUGCGGAUUAUUUGGCGCUCAUUGUCAUUGCCCAGAGUCAAUCUCUCUGUUGGUUACAACUGCAUUAUAAAUAUAACUACAAGAACUGCCAACUCAAAAUUACGAGGGCAGACAGAAGCUCUGUAUAUAUUGACUAAAUGUAACAAUACACGGUUUGAGUUCAUAUUUACCAAUGUCGUUCCCGGGAGUCCCAGACUCUUCACUUCGGUUAUUGCUGUGCACAGAGCUUAUGAAACUUCAAAAAUGUAUCGUGAUCUGAAACUCAGAAGUGCACUGAUUCAAAACAAGCAACUGAGAUUAUUACCGCAAGAACAAAUAUAUGAUAAAAUCAAUGGAGUUUGGAAUUUAUCCAGUGACCAGGGAAAUUUGGGAACAUUUUUUAUUACUAAUGUGAGAAUAGUUUGGCAUGCAAAUAUGAAUGACAGCUUUAAUGUCAGCAUACCAUAUCUACAAAUUCGUUCAGUAAAAGUAAGAGACUCAAAGUUUGGCUUGGCGCUUGUGAUAGAGAGCUCUCAGCAGAGUGGAGGAUAUGUACUUGGUUUUAAAAUUGACCCCGUGGAGAAACUACAGGAGUCAGUGAAAGAAAUUAGUUCACUUCACAAAGUUUAUUCAGUUAACCCUAUAUUUGGAGUGGAUUAUGAAAUGGAAGAAAAGCCUCAACCUCUUGAAGACCUAACCGUGGAGCAGGUUCAAGAUGAUGUGGAAAUAGAAUCUGAUGAACACACAGAUGCUUUUGUGGCUUACUUUGCUGAUGAAAACAAGCAACAUGACCGGGAGCCCGUGUUUUCAGAAGAACUGGGACUUGCAAUAGAGAAGCUGAAGGACAGAUUCACGCUCCAGGGACUCUGGGAAGUGAUGACCUGAUUUAGAUGGGCAUGUGUUUGUUUCCAAAGCAAGGAAGGUACCAUCAGUUGUUACUGGGCUUGUGAGAUCUGUAGAAGAUAAUUUAGAAAUAGCAGCAUAGCAGAGAAGGAACAUGCCAAAGCUGAAGAACAGGCAAAUACGGGAUGAUAUGCCAUAAAGGAAAGCUUAUUCAACACCCUCCUAUGUGUAAAAGCUCUGUAUUCUUUACAUUGUUUCUGUCAGUAGUGGGGCGACAACCAGUAUCUCACACAGAGGAGAAGGGGGGCGUGUCAAGGCCUGGCCCUGUAUCCCACAGGGCCCUCCUCUCUGGCUGUCAGGCUAUAGGGACCUGGAAGUCCCUCCUCCACUACAUGCAUGGCAGCUGCCAUUUUAUUUCAGACACCAUUAUGUAAAACGUCACACCCUGCAUUUUCAUACUGCUCUGUGGUUGGCUGACUACAGAGUUUGACACACUCUUACCCCAGGUGUUUUCAGGCAUGUGAUUGGCAGGAGCAGCCACCCAUCCUGCUACCACCAAAAUGUUGGAGCAGGAAGCCCUGUCCACUAACAACACAGGGUUGUGGUGGUGUUUUAGCUGCCAUUUUACGGCAGGUACAGCCAGUUUGUUAACAACUUUGUGACCCACGUGUUUCCAUACUGCCCUGUGACUGGCUGCCAGGACCAGCCACUACCUGCCAUUUUACCUACAAGUAUGUCAGGAAAGGAAACCCCCCUCUUCCUACUUACACAGAGACGACCAUUUGUGAUAGGGCACUGCGUGGCAUGUAGUUUGAUGCUCAGAUUAAAGUAUUUGUGUCCUUGUACAUAGUGAUGUAAUUUCCUAUAAUGAUUACAUUGAAAUAAAACGUCCAGAACUUGCUUAAUGUUGUGCAACAUAAAAAUACCCUCGUACGGAGAACACUUGGGAUCUAGGCUUAUCAGCUGUGUCAUUGCAGCGGUGCUGCAUUACCGAUAACUAUGACAAAACCCAGUGCUGUUUCAGCUAUUAGUUUUCACGUCUCACAAUUUUGUUAAGUGUUCAGAAUAUAUCAUUCCAGGUACUUAAAUGUAAUCCAGGUAUCCUCAUACAGUUUUUCCUCUUUUUUUCUACUUUUUUGUCCUUUUAAUUUGUGUUUAGAGCACUUUUUUUAAGGAACAGUCUAGAAAAAAGUGCACGCACAAGUAGCUCUGAGUCAUUAGACCUUUACCAUGUUAUGUGUCAGAGAGAAAUGAGUCAUUUAUCGUUUAAAGGAAGAUGCAGCUGUUGUGUUUUCUAGUGAGAGAAGACCUCAGCACUGUUUUCUGUAAGUGGAAAAAAGUCAAGUGAGCUCUCCUCUCAGCUGUUGUUUUAGCAGCCGACUGCCAUAGUAAAGUGUCUGCAGUGUGAAUAUAAUUGUGGUGUUUGUAGAAAAUCUUUCAAGGUUAUGUAUUUUAGUGAAAUACCACCUAUACUGAAAAGCAAUUACGAUUGCAAUAAAUGUUGAUAAUAUUAUACCUCAUUGUA